AAGAGGAACAAGGACGUCUUCCUGGGGGAGAACACGCGCCACAAGCACGGAGGGCGGAUAGACUUUAAAAUGAAGAAGUCAGACAGCACCAAGUCUCUGCUCAUCAAAUCCGAACAGCUACUGAGGAUUGAGGACCAUGACUUUGCUAUGAGGCCUGGCUUUGGAGGGUCAGCCAUACCUGUGGGUAUCGAUGUUCAGGUUGAAAGCAUUGACAGCAUCUCUGAAGUCAACAUGGACUUCACCAUGACGCUGUACCUGAGGCACUAUUGGCAGGAUGACCGCCUGGCGUUCCCCUCCAGCAACAACAAGAGCCGCACGUUUGACGCCCGGCUGGUGAAGAAGAUCUGGGUUCCGGACGUGUUCUUCGUCCACUCCAAACGUUCCUUCAUCCACGACACCACCAUGGAGAACAUCAUGCUCCGGGUCUAUCCUGAUGGGAACAUCCUCUACAGUGUUAGGGUGACUGUAACUGCUCUGUGUUCUAUGGACUUCAGCAGUUUCCCCCUGGACACACAAAACUGCUCUCUAGAAUUGGAGAGUUACGCCUAUAAUGAGAAUGACCUGAUGCUCUACUGGAAGAACGGGAACGAUUCACUAAGGACUGAUGAGAUUGUGCUCUCUCAGUUUUUUAUUGAAGAAUUCCAGCCUUCCUAUGGGCUAGCCUUUUACAGCAGCACCGGCUGGUAUAACCGGCUGUACAUCAACUUCCUGCUGCGGCGGCACAUCUUCUUCUUCAUGCUGCAGACCUACUUCCCCACCAUGCUGAUGGUCAUGCUGUCCUGGGUCUCCUUCUGGAUCGACCGCCGCGCCGUGCCCGCACGCGUCUCCCUCGGCAUCACCACGGUGCUGACCAUGUCCACUAUCAUUACGGGCGUGUCAGCGUCCAUGCCGCAGGUGUCGUACGUGAAGGCGGUGGACAUCUACCUGUGGGCCAGCUUCCUCUUCGUCUUCCUGUCCGUCAUCGAGUACGCGGCCGUCAACUACUUCACCACCGUGGAGGAGAUGAAGAGGCUCAAGAAGGGCACCGUUCCCACCACAUACAACACUAACCAGGCCAUGGCGUUUGAUGGCUGUUUCCAUGACGAGAUUGACCUCUCACCUUUCCCCGAGAUGCCCACCACGCCCAACACGGACCGCACGGUGCCCCCGCUGAACUCCACCUCGGCGGCGGAGCCCCCCCCCACCGAGGGCACGCGUCUAUGGCGACGGCGCUCCGUACGCCACAACCUCAAGUUCAUCAUGAGCAACAGCUACAUGAUCGACUCGUACUCGCGCAUCAUCUUCCCCCUCGCCUACCUGCUCUUCAACAUCAUCUACUGGUGCAUGUACUCCUGA